UAAGUUUGUAUUAUUUACCAUUUUAUUAUUAUUAUUAUAUUUAUUUAUUACUGAUUCAUUGAUUUUCUUUAUUCUUGAUUUGUUUAUUUUUCAUCUUAUUUUGUGCAGAAAAAUAAAAAUUAAGAUAUUUGAGAACAGUGGAAUGUUUUAUCAGCGCUUUUAUUGUAGAAAAUCGGAACCAAAGCACUGAAAAAGUUUGUAUAUUUUUCUGUUUUUAAUAAAUGCGUUUUUUUUUUCUGGAAAACCUGAUGUGGCCAAGUCUCAGUUUGAGAUCCCUGCUCUAAGGUGUCUCUACCUUUCCUUGUAGUUUGUCCACGUCUUUUAGGAGCCGAGUCUUCUCUUCCUCCAGGUCAUUACGAUAUCUGGUGUUGAUCUCCAGAGAAGCUUCACACAUUGACAGCUUCUUUAACGAGUCUGCCAAGUCCUGCUGCAGCUGCCUUUGUUUAGCCUGUGCCAGGACAAAACCCAAAGAACAAUUUUGUUCAAAGUUUAAAUUGCUAAAAAAAAUCAUCUUAGGGAGUUGAUCUUACUUCUCUAUCAUUUUUCUCCUCCUCUAAUUGGUGGAUGCGUUCUCGAAGCUCCAGAUUCUUCGCGUCCAGAUUCUGAUUGCUGUCCUGUACCAGCUGUAUUCUCUGCUCACAGUCUGAGCGAAGCUUGGACAAAAUGUCAGUGAAACUCUUCUGGGCGUCUGUCACAGCAUUCUCCUUUGCAACACCUUUGUUUUGGGCUUCUUCCAGCUGUUGCCGUAGCAACAUGACUUCACUUUGGGAUUGGGCUACGCGCUCCUGUGUGGCCUCCUGGCGCGCACUGGCCCGACUGACCAGCUCCUUCUCGGCAUGCAAAGCGGCUUCUAGGUCUUUCACGCGUGCAGCUAUCUGGUCGUUCUCACGCUGCAUUGUGUUCAUCAGGAGGUUCUUCUCCGUCAGCUGCAGCGCGGCCUGAUGGGCCUGGUUCUCCAAGCUGUUUGCCUGCGCCUCUGCCUUGGCCAGCUUCUGAGAGAGGCUGCUGACUGCUUCAUGCUGGCUGGAAGCGUCACCUGUGGAGAUAUAUGGAGUCAGUGUCGGGACCACAAGAAUAAUCAAAAGUCUGAAAACUAAACUCAUACUAACUUGAGAGCCUGUCUUUAAGACGAUGAUGUUCCUCUUUCUCCCACAGUAGAGCUUUCUCUGUGUCCGACCGAGCUGCCAUGCAACGCUCCGCCUCUUGUAGAGCCACGGUCAAGCGAGUGCGGACUGACUCCAAUUCCACCGCCAUCGUCUCACGGGACUGGCGCUCAUUCUCCAGGCGCGUCGCGGUCACAGUCAACUCAGACUUCAAGGUGGCCGUUUGGUUGUUGAAGUCCAGGACGCUUUGGUUCAAGGUGUCGCUGUUGUCUUUGAGAGAUCGCCGCGCCUCGUCCAGUUGCUCCUUGAGGGCCUUAUUCUCCUCCUGGAGGUCUCUCUGCUUGAUGCUGCUGCUGGCCUGGGAACUUUCAAGGUCUGUUCUGAGCGUGCUCAGCUGCUCCUGAAAUAUGGAAAUCUGCUGGAGUAGUUCACGCUCCCUGUCACUGGCCUCGGUGAGCUGAGACAAGGCCUGUGAAUGAUGAAAUACAUAAUUUAGUAAUACAAUGUUCAACAUUAUGUCUAGUAUGCACAUAAGUACCAGUAUUUUUCAAAGCAUUCUUACUUUCGCUCAUCUCAGUAAACAUAAUAACACAUUUCUAUAUAAAAAUAAAGUCAGAUAGCUAUUAUUUACAUUUCAUGAAUACACAGAAAUGACCUUCCAGACCCAACCCUCCCAUUUAUCAGGGCUUGGUACUGGCACUGGACAUUUCCAAUGGCUGGGCAUAGGGGCGCUGGGAGGGAAUCAAGGUCAUGCCAUUGGCACAAAAGGCAGCAAUGUGUACCAUUACACCAACAGUGAAAUUUAAAUUAUAUAAAAUAUUUUUCAAUAUGUCAUACAGUCAGAACCUUGAAGAAACAAUCAAAAACAAUUAUUCUGUGUCAUUUCAAGUUUUUAGGGGAAAUAAUUUUUCAACAAAUACCAUAUAAAACACUACAUAUUUUUAAGAUAGUUGGUGCUUGCGCUAACAGUAUUCUGCACAAACCACAAAAGUCCAUUCAAGGAAUGACCUCGUUACUCUUGCUUAUGUUCCUCUUGUUCUCCUCCUCUAUCUCCUGCUGCUUGCGCACGUGACUGUUUAGCAGAUUCUCUAGCACCGUCCGUGCGCUUCGCUCCUGAGCCAACAGAGUCUGGGUCUGACUGUGGUCCUCCUCGAGCUGGGUGGGUGACACACAAACUGUCCCUGUGAGCAGACCACUCACAGCAUCUCGUUAAAAUACCCAUGUGGUUGGGUUGUACCUGUUUCUUGCUGUUCAGCAGUAUUCGCAUCUCCAGCUCCAGGUUUCUGAGACUGAGCUCCACUUUCUGUUUUUCCUGAACCUCCACCUGCCGCUGCUCCUCUGUCCUCCUCAGCUUGUCGCCGGUGGUGUUGUACAUCAUGGUGGCAUUAUGGCUGUUUUCCUGCUCCUGUCUUAGCUGAAAUCUAAAAUGCAAACAUGAUGUGGCAAAGCAUGUGAGGUGUCAAAGACGGUCCAUUAAAUUUGCAGCAGAAUACACUUACUUGAGGUUUGUGACUUCGGUCUGCAAUUCUAGCCGGCUGCGCUCCAAAACAGCUUUAAUGUCUUUGAUCUCGUCCAGCGAGCUUCUCAGCUGCACCUUCUCCGUUUCAAGAAGGCUCACCUUGUCUGCAAAGUAGGCGUGGCGGCUUUUGGCCUUGUGAAUGGAGCGCUCAUAGUUAUGGAAAAUGUUCUGCAGCUUCACCAUGCUUCUGGAGUCUGUGGAAUAAGCAGAAAGUGAGGGAGUGUCUGUGGCUACGAUAGAGUUUUUAAUGACUUAAAAAAAAUGUACCUGCUGUGACUGAGUCCAGGUUCUGGAUGAAGAGUGAGCCACAUCCAUGGCCUGGAGUGGCAAAGUCAGAGUCAUCUGUGGUCAUGUCAGAUGACGAAUUGAGCUCAUCCAGAUCUUCGGACAUCUCCAAUCCUUUGAGUUUCUGAAUGAAAAUGGAGUCAUAAAAUGCAUUUCAUAUACAAGUAUUACAGUAUCAUUCUCAAAAAAGAAGCCGUUACCUGUUUUUUCUCUUCUUCUCCACUUUGGCACCUGUUGCCAGAACAAAAACAUUAUUGUGACAACCGAUGACUAGUAUACAGAAAGCCCUCGAUCUAUCUACGAGUUGCAUUCCUAUGAUGGAUUUAUUGUGUAACUGUACACAUGAAAAUCCAGAAAAAAAGGGUGAAAUACAAGAAUUACAUUGAAUAGUAAGAACAAUUUAACCCUGUAGCUGUCUUGCACACUAUAAGAGGUGUUGCAAGGGAGGAGGGAGACAGGCUUAUUGCGAGGAGGACAUCUCAAUAAUGACACCACUAUGCUGCUUUAAUUAUCACUGUCCAUUUCAUAAGAGCACAUCCUUUCACAUGUUCAAAGAUUCAUACAAGUUUAUCCUCAGGAUUAUGAUGGGGGAUGCAGCCAAUGAUGAUCGGCAUUGCUCGCACUUUUCACUUCAUUUUCUUUGGCACAUUGCCAUCAGAAGGAUCUGCCUGAAAUCUGUCUAAAAAAAUGAAAGUGACAUCCUUCAUCAGCGAACCGACACCAACUUUGUAUUCUUCCGCUGCAUACAUGUAACUAGCUUUUCAUCUUUUUGUACUGUAUUAAAUAAUAGGUGUGUGUACGUAACCAUGAACGCCACAACACAAGGACUGCCAGUAUGCAUAAAUAUAAGAGGCCAGCUAAUGCCGCAUACGUACCUCCCUUCAUCGUCCGAUAUGUCACUCAAAGUGCUGUCGUCAAACACAGAGAGCUCUCUGUUGUCAGUCUGAGGGGUUCCAUGGGUCUUGCCCACCGCCGUCGGCUUCUCUCCGGACGGUGUUUUUGCUUUGCCAAUGUUGGAGGUGCGCUGACAUGAGAGUUGUGAUUCCACCAAUGCUCUGCUGCUGCUAUAGAGAAAAAAAACAGACUAGUCAACAACUUCACAAACGCAAUUACAAGAGAUAAGUUUAGACUUUUGUGCACACCUCUCAAAAGUUGUAGGCGGCUGUGCUUGUUGAGAAGCCUCAACUUGUCUUGACGACUCUUUGGAACUCACUGACCUAGUCGCAGGUUUCUUAUUGGUGAGUUCCUCUGAAGUUCUUCUACUUGUGUCACUGUACUCACUGAUGGUUUUCAUUGAAACAGCCCCCUUCACAGUGUCUUUGACAACCUGAGAAGAAGAGAAUAGAGGAUAUGGCCGGUGUUAAGAUAGUUUUGCACAUCUCGUCCCCUGUCAUGCAUAAUUGAGUCUCUUUGGAGACCUAACACCCGACUAACUCUACUUGACAGAGACGCACAAAGAAGCAGACUUCUAGUAGGUGUGAACAUACAUGCAAAGUCCAUGCAGGAUGCACUAGCCUACAGUUUAUGAGGCGUUCUGUGAACCAGCAUACACUCUUUUCAACACAGAAUGGGGACUAAAAAGUGCCAUAUCACACAAAAAAAUGAGAAAAGUUUCUUUGUCCAGAGUUAAGGCUGGCCACAAAAUAAGAUGAGACAGUCACAGGAGUGACUGCAUCUUCUACCUCUUUUUGGAAUUUUCCUUCUUGACUUUCAGGACAAUCUUCAUCUUUCUCGUGCUCAAACAUGUCCUCUUUAGAGUCUUCAUCAGAAUCAAUAGGAAGAGAUGCUGAAAGUCUGCUUGGCAAAACAGACUGGGACUUGGAAAGCUCUUUUGGUUUCCUGUCAGAGCUGGUGAGGCUCUUCUCAGGUUCUUCUGCUUGAACGUUGUGACAAGGUUCAGGGUUGGUCUCAUUAAAUGUGGUAAUACUGCCUUCCUGUGCUGCGAGGGCUUGUGCUGACUCACUGAGGAUGGGUUCUUCUUCUGGUUCUUCAGGGAGCUGAAAGUCUGGUAUCUUCUCGUUCAGGGAAUUGUCAGGGGACUGUGAAUCUUCUGAUCCAGACUCUUUCUGUUCGGGCACAGAAAGGAGGACCAGCCUCCUUGCUCUAGCUGUGGGCCGUAAAAUCACCUCCCCUUCCUCUUCAUCACUUGACUCUUCAUCUGCAGAGGUGGCCUCCUUUAAAUCUCCGGCAACGUUAAAAAAGGUGGGUUUUGCUUCCAUUUUCUCAACCUCUUCCCAGAGAUUCUCACACUGCGUCUCAGGUAGAACUGCAUCGUUAGUCGUCCCUUCUGGACUCUGCUGAUCGUGAUCAUCUCCACCAUCAGAGCCCAUAUGGCAGGGCGUGCAUGGGUCGCAUGACUCUAAUGCAUCAUCUUUGUCCUUGGAUGGCAUGGUUGGAAAAUGACAAAACAAGAAAAAGACCAAAAAAAGGAAUUUCACAAUUAUCUUUCAAUACCAAUGAUAGACAGAAGAGUUAAAGGGGACCUCUUAUACUAAUUUUUCUGCCCUUUGUAUUGAGUUGUGGACUCCUAUAGAGCAGCUACGAUAACCAGCACAGAAAGCUUUUUAGUUCAUCCAGAAUCUGCACCUAUUCGGCUGUAUUUCUUUGGAUUUUGUGGUUCCCGUAAAAACGGUCUGUUUCAAUGUAUUCCACCCAUGCCCCGCCACCAGGCACAGCCACUCCGCCGUGGUUGGUCACACUCUUGCAUGCAUAGAAACACUUUCGGAUGGGGCCGCUAAGUUUAUAGGAGUUGAUAAUAAAUGCCGAUUUAAAAUGUCGACUUGGAUCCCAAAUCCGUACAAGUAGAGACUGAACAGUCUGAGGUCUCAAGACAGUCUCAAGAAAAGAGGUUACUUUAAGACAUCUCUCAAUGGUAAGUAGCUUUUGCAUUUUAGCUUUUUUUUUUUUUUUUACCAAAUGUGGCCACCAACUGAUACUGGACACUGAUAAAUUGUUACUUUCGGCUUGCUCAGUCCACACGAAGUAGGUAACGUUGCAAAGUCAUCAGCUAGUCCAGCUGCAUACUUGCUCAUGUUCACAAAACAGUUCAGUGUGAAAUGCCGUUGACAGAUUAAAAUGCAUUUCUUUUGCUGGUAACAAACUCCAACCAGUUGCGCCUGAUAGUGGCAUUGUUAGGUAUUGUACACAUGUGGCAAGUAAACAGAGGAGCAGAGUUUGGGUAAGGGUGGAGUGCUUAUCUGGCUUACAGACACGACCAUAUAAGGAAGUCCGCCCCUCUGUGACACCAAAAAGGGGCAGUUUUAUGAAGCUUUUUGAAACCGUUAAGGGCUCACUUCCAAAUGCGCAGACCUCAUUAGCUGAAACUUUGGAAUCGUUUACCACGAGAAUACAAAAUUCCAACUACAUUUAUAUGUCAGAAAAGUGAAAAAAGCAUAAUAGGUCCCUUUUAAGAUGGAUAUCUUAAAUAUAUUGGUCAUACAGGGGUUGAACAACACCCAUUAGGUGCCCCCAAAUCUUAACUGAUCUUUUUAAGACAAUAUGUUCCCUAAUUUGUCCCUAAUUCUAACUUGUGCAAAGCUAUUAUAGCUGCAUAUGCCAUUUUCUCCUUUAGUAGGAGUGGCCUGAUCCAUGAGUCCAGCCAGUAUAUUAUAUCGUAGUACGUUUUAAUUUGAAGUUGUGACAUCAGCACCCCUCUGCUCCUACUACUGAACAGCUGCACACAAAAGCGUGAACAUUUGUCAAAACAUGCUCUCACACUGUGGCGUAUUUGUCAGAAAAAAAAAGUAUAGAGAGACUUUUAUUUUUCUGUAUACGCCACACGGUGGUGCUCUUAUUUAACUCCAAAGUUGGACCCACACUGGUCAGACUGACUUGAAAUUUCUCACACCAAGUCAAUGUACUACACAAAGCACCAACUGUAGCUUUAACGUGUUCAGCCACACCAUCUGUGAAUUUGGUACAAACCUUGAAGGGACUGACAGGCACAAAUUUGAGCAAGAUUGGUUGAAAACCAGCAUCAAACUGGGCAUGGGCGGGACUUAGCAUCUAAUUAUUCAUAAGUCAUUGAGCGUUUGCCUAAUGCUGAUAAAACCGUAAGGAUAUCUGUAUUACAUAUGUGCUAAUAUGUCUUCCAAUGUCAUUUACAGUCAUGAUUGUCUUGUAAAGUUGUUGUGUUUCACAACAGCUUUAAAAUAGUAUUGUUUUGGUGAUGCUGUCACCUGCUGUUGCUGGUCCUCGUCCUCGCUUGCCUUUUCUAGGAGAUCCGGGGAGCCUAAGAUCAGAUAGAGUCUUUAUUAAAAAAAAGAAAAAAAAAGAAUGUACACAUAAGGAUAGUUUAAAAAUGUUUUUCUUACCUGCACUAACUGCUAUCUGAGCCUGGUGAUUGUCAGUAUUGGCCUCAUUGCAUGAUGAAGAUAAACUGUCUUGGUCCCAGUCUGAUUCUAAAUGAUGAAGUGAUUGAAAUGAAACGAUGUGAUUGCAUAUUGUUUGAAAGACCUGCCUGAAGCUUACUGUCACUGUCUUGAGGCGCCAUCUUCUUUGUACGAGGUUGGGGAUGAGGAGCGAGGGCUCGUUCAUCUUCAGUGCCGAGUUUCCUGGGCGUAGCAAUGGGCACUUGUGGGGACACCGCUUUCUGCUUACUGGAGCAUUCUGGGACUUCAGGUGUUGGGGACCUUUUGGUGCAUCCAGGGAGACUCCGCUUACUGGCAUUGCUGGAUGUAUCCCAGUCAGAUGUAUCUGUUGAAAAAAAAUUACCUUAAGUAAGCUAACGUUUAUGUUAAGCCCAGUUUGGUGUUGAAAAAUCACAAGUGACCUUCAGCAUAGUCAAAUUCUCCCAAACCAAGUUCUUCCAUCAAGUCUGUAGAGGAUAUAGAAAGAUGUAAAAGACAAUCACGCAUGUACGUAUGUAUUCAUAUAACUUGUUGGACUGCUGUCCCUCACCUGUCUUUUCCUUGCUUUUCCCUUCACAUUUGCUCAAAAGCAGUCCCCAUUUGGUCUCUUCACUCUUGUGGUUUAAAAAUGAUAUUAGAUUGUACUUUAGGGGGAAAAUUUGGGGAAAUUUAGAUGUUACAGCGGCAGAAAGAUAGAAAAAGCACACCAAACCAAAUACCUAUAGAAGGAAAAGAUACCUAUUUAGUAGUGGUGACCUUACCUCUUUUUGUGUACUGUCGUCCUUCUGAGCACCUUCAGUAUCAUUAUUACGUUUAUUUUCGGCCAAAUCAGAAGGAAGUCCUGUUUUUACAAGACACAGCCAUUUCAGUUUAUUAAAGUUGAUAAUUAUGUCAGCCGUUGCAGUAAAGCCCAAACAAGCAUGCUCUGGAUUGUCUUGUAAUAUCACUUUACUCCUCGAGGGUCACUUUAGCAGCAAAAGUUGGUUUCUUUUUUGGCAAAGCAUUGGUAAAGGUUUUAGUCAAUACAUUUUUUUUAAAUUGGAGUGUCACAUACACUGAUACACAGAUACACACUACUGAGCUGAUGAGCUAAAAACUACAUUGUAAAGUAUAUAGAAAAACAUUCAUGCAAAAUGUUGCAAUGAGUGCACAAGACGAGCAUUCCCAUGCACAUGAACUCACAUUUAAUCAGCAUAAAAUGAAAUGCUUUUAAUCCUACUUUAUGUUGUGCUUGUUGCAGAGUGACACACAUUGUGUACCAGGUACUACUAUACUACCAAGACAAUUCUGCUGAAUGAAUGAUGUUAACCUGCCAGACUUUCUUGCUGUUGUGUUCAUUGAAUUAUUAGCUGCGAUGUUCUUGAAAGAAAAACGAUCAGAUCUACUUUUUAGACUUUCAUUUCAAAAGAAUAACAAUUUCUUUACAGCACGUUUUGAAGUGCAGGUUCAGCAGGCUGAUGUGCUGUGUGUAAUAAUGCAUGCUGCAUGCUGACAUCUGUUGAGUGUUAAUUGGGAGACAAAUGGACAGACACAUUGCACAGAUAACAUGCGGCCUAAAAUGAGCAUGGUGACCAUUCCGUUCCUACCCUCCUCUCCCAGGCGGUCUCUUAGCCCACCUCUACUCCACCAAGGCUCCUGCAUCCACUUGCCUCCUCUUAAAAAUGAAGGAGUAUACAACAAAUCUAUGAAAUAAAUGGUAGUUUUGAGUAAGUAAUCAGUGUCCCAAACCUGAUUCUGCAGCAUGAAAUGAUGCUUGAAAUGAUUAGAAGGCAAUGAAAAUAUCCAUCCAUCCAUUUUCUAUAAUGUCUUCAUAAGGGUCAUGUGCCAGCUGGUCGCCAGCCAAUCACAUUCCAUACAAUGGUUGCCGAAACAUUGAUGUAUUUGUGGCAGGCUUUACAAAAAAUACUGUAGUGUACAAAAAAACAAAACAAAACAAAAACGACUGGGCUGCCACAGAAGGAUUUGACACUGUCUUUUAUUUUUUGAUAUAAUUCACCAGGUAGAUAGAUUACAAUAUUUAAUUGCUACUAAUCACAGUUUGUCCAGUUAACUCAAUUAUCGCAAAUCUUCUUUUGGUAAAUAAUUUUAUACGCAUCUUAGAUACAUAGGUUAAGAUGCAAUUAAGGCAAAUUUAUAAUAAUUAAUUGAUUAAUGAAUAAUCAAUGAAUUAUGUCAUUUUUCUUUAUUUUUGGAAAUGUUUUUUUCAAUACUGUGUGGGACCAAUGUAGCUCAUAGCCAUCUGAGAAGAUCAGAUAUAUAGUUUUUGGUACCUAACUGUUUCCCAAAUGUAUCAGUAUAUGUAUGAAUGUAUAAACGAGAGGCGUGAACUUAAAAUCAUAUGAAGAAAGACGCUUAAUGAAAGUAAGUACAUUUACUUCUACGCUCAGUGCUCGAUGCAGGCUUUAUAUGUAUGAUUUUUAAACAGCGCUGAUAUCAGGUGGAUAAUUACCCCUGGCCAAUAGUAUCCGACCACCCUAAUAAUAACUUACCUUCUUCUAAUUUUUCUUCUGUGUCUCCAGACAUCUCCUCUUGAUUCUCCACUUGCAUGCUCUUAUUAUCUUCAUUAUGGUCUUCAUGCUAGUAUUAAAAGAGAGGAAAAUAUUGCAUACACAACCUUUGAUGCAACAACGUACAGUACGUAUAUCUGUGUGUUUGUUUUUUUUUACACUCUACCUCGGAAUCCCAAGAAUCUUCCUCUUCCUUCUCUAGGCCCAAAUCUGGACAUAAUAGGUUCAUGAUGAUCAUAUAUAUAUCACAUGUAACGGCAAUGUGAACUUCUAAGUGAUGGUUUCACACAAUUUUCUUGAGAAUAUCUAUUCUCCGAUCAUGUAUAGUAUAUCACGAAAGUGAGAACAACACAUAAUGAUAAUACUCUUUUGACAAUGCUACAGAAAUAAAACAUGGAUGUACUUUAGAGUAGGUAAUGUACAUCUUGCAUAGCAUCAUAAACAUAAUAUCCACUGAAAAUUGACGAGUGCUGCUGAGAGGAAUUCCAACAUGUACUAGAACAUUGUGAAACACGAUAACAUGAUAAGGACACCAAACACAACAGCAAGAUGCUUGCAGAAGAAGGUGAUGGAGUGGCCAAGUAUGUCUCAGCCACACCUGAACCCACUUGAGAACCUGUGGGUUUCAUCAAGUGGAAGCAAGGAGGGUGGAUGAGCGCAGGGUGUCUAACACCCACCAGCUCCAUAAGUGAUGUCCUCAUGGACGGGUGGAAAAGUAUCCCAGUAACUGCUGUACAAGCUGUACGGUGACUACUUUAUGUAUUUAGUUUCUAUAGUAUUGUCCCUUAACAGGAUAGAAUAUAAUGCUUGAAUACUGAGGUGUGUAUACUCACUUUGGUCAGAUACUUUAGUGGCAUGAAUUACCUCUUUUCAUAUCUUUGGGAACAUCUCUUUCAGGAACGUCUUGAGUGGCAUGUAGGAGGUCUCCGCUUCCCUCGGGCUCGUCACCUGAGAUUUCCUCUUCUGCCUCCUGUUCUUGUUCUUCCUCCUCUUCAUUGUCACUAUCAUGACUCUCAGCAUCACUGGGCUCCUCUUUCUGCGUAGAAACAUGUGCUGAUGAGAUAACUUAACUGGUGGUGAGCAAACAGGGAGAAUAAUGAGAGGAAAAGUACAGAAUCCAGAAACCCACAGCUGAAAAUUCCAUAUGCAAGAUCAUGGGUGUCAAACUCCAUCACACAGGGGGCCAAAACUCAAUACCUACUGUAGGCCGAACUGGACAUUACCCCCACCCACAUGGACAUUUUUUUUUACAUUGGAGUGGGGUGUGUGUGCAUUAUUUUGUGUCCGUUCAUUCCUGCUUUAAAUGUAUACUUUCCAAUAUAUACAGUAUGAUUAUGGCUUUUUGGCAUAGUUGGUUGGUUUGUUGUGUGUGUGAAGUGAUUGUUGAUUGAUCACAUUUUCUCAAUUUCUAUGCAAAAGCUACACUAUUUUAUAUCAACACAAAAACAUCAUAAUCUAUGAGAUGUUUAACCCGGAAGAGUUUGUAUCUGUGGAUUGGGCAGCAUGUUUUGCUGUUGUUAAAAUGAUCACUUUUACCUGCCUUACAUCAUUCAAGGUGUCAUAUUGUACAUAUUGUACAGGUGCGAUAUUGCACGUGUAUUGUGUCAUACUUGCCUCUUCAUAUUUUAUUUAAUAUUUUAGUGCUAGCAGUUUUUUGUCAUGUACAGUUGAAUUAUUGUGACUUUUGGUCUGAAUAUUGUUUCCACUUUUAAAAUAAAAAUGUCAGAGGAGCAGUUUAUAACAGAGGAAUCGCUGACUUACUAAGAUCGCUGUAAGCAUUUUGUUUAUAAGGUCUGUGAGGCGGGCCAACUCAAUGCUAUUUUCCAAACACUUCCGAGGGCUGCAUGAAAUUGCAGCACAAGCCGGAUUUGGCCCCCGGGCCUGAGUUUGACACCUGUGCCCAAGAUGAUAGAACUAAUACUACUUAGCAGUUGUACCUGGACGGUGACACCUUUAAUGUGUCUGUCCUCUGCAUGCAUCAAGCUCUCUACCUCAUCGGUUGAGUCCAAAUCAACAUCAUCGAUGUCUGUGUGGGGCAAUGCUUCAGAAAAGAGGCUUUCACGUGAAUGACGUCGACCUACGGCGACAUCAGCAUUGAUGGGCGGAUUCUCUUCCUUUGUAACUUUGCUACCUCCAUUAUGUAGGGACGUAUUAUAGCCAUCACUGAUACACUUUUCAUCUGCUUCAAUGGCCGUCUCCGGAAGUCUGGAGAGAUUUACUUGGACCACCAUCUUAUCUGAUGGGCUUUGUGGAUCCCCACAGUCCUUCACCUUAUCAGCACAGCUAUUAUUGCUACUUUCUUUGUCCUUGGAUUGUUGGUUUCCAGUAUUGUCGUCGUCCUCAAGUUCUGAUAGAAUGGGGAUGCCUCCAAAAAGCUGUCCCUCUGGAGUGACUUUUGCGCUUCCUCCAGCAGCUUGUGCAUCAUCAUUUUCAGAUGGAGAAUCCCAAUCCCAAUCUUCGGCAUCUGUAGCCAGUCUACUCUUACACUUGGGUGUUGCUUCAGGUGGUAUCCGUUCAUUGUUGUUGAAUUUUUGUGGUGAGUUACUACCUUUAUUUGAAUGUGAUGACUCCUUGGUGGGCUCUUUUGCUGAGCCGUCAUUGUCGGAUUCCUCUAAGGAGGAUCCCCAUGACGAUCUGCGUUUUUCUUCUUUGUUUGAGCUGCCAUCCUCACCGCCAUCAUCAGAAGCUCUCUCACCUUCAAGUACCACAUUUGUUUGACUGGAAGCUGGAAGUGCAUCAAGAACUGUCUGAAUGAUGUCUCGACUCAGUUCCCUCCCGAUGUUGUCAUCCUCAUCGGAAUAUUUGGAUUCAACUCUUACGGCCGACACAAUCCUGCAAUCCUGGUCGACUUCUGAAUUCUCCUGAGGCUCAUCCAAAGCGCUGUUCAUAGGGUCACAAUUCUGAGCUUUUCUGCCAUCACCACACGCAUCCAGCUUUUGCACAUCUUCUACAGAUGAAUUGGACUGAACAGAAGCCAAAGAAGAGUCCUCCUCUUCUACCUCUUCACUUUCCUCAUCACUGCUUUCCUCGUCAGCUUCCUCCUCCUCCUCCUCAUCAUCAUCAUCAUCUUCCUCCUCGUCAGAGCCCUCAUCUUCUGAGCUUUGGGCAUCAGAUUCCGAACUGGACUGACUUCCUGACAGCUGUGCUAAUGGCUGACCUUUGCUUGAAAGACGCUCGGCUUGUUUUUAAGUAUUUAGAAAGGAGGGGAAAAAGGAGAGGAAUGAUGUCAAAGGAAAGUAAUAGAAGAAUAAACAGACAUGUUACCUUUGAGUAGAUGGGGAGAGGGGUAGAGCUCAUCUGGGAGGCUUGGGAAAGGAAAGGAAGAGGUGAGGGUUCUACUGGGGGCUUCAGGGGUAUAUUGGAUGAGACUCUCGGGGCGCUAUUGUCACUCUCAGAUUCUGAACCGCUCAUGGAUUUAUCAAGCACUGCAAAGGCUACGAGGGUUACAAAAACAGUUGCUAUAAAAAGUUAAAAACGGAAGGUCUCUACAAAUAAUAUAUGCAAAGGUACCUUUUCCUUGUUUGAUUUCUAGCAUUUUCCUAAGGUUCAUCUUUGGUGGGGUCUGGGAAACAAAGUAAAUGUAAGCCAUAUUAAGUUGGUAAAUCAAAAACUACAUAUGCAAAAUAGCUGAAUGCACUUCUAAAAAUAAAUAUUGAUUAAACCAACCUUUUCCUCUACAAGUGAUUCACAGUCGUCCUCCGAUGAAGCCCAUUCAUCAGUGCCGCCUUUUUUGGAGAUCCUUAAAAGAAGAUAGCAAUGAAAGGCCUAAGCGGGGCUGCAGUAAUUUAAUGUAGUGGAUAUUGAUGAGAAAAAAACAGCAGGAGCUUACCGACUUAGUGACUCAGCCUGAGAAUUAUCCUCAAAAUCUGCAACAAUACAGAUACCUCUUAAAACAAGACAGACACAAGACAACAAAACAUACGUGACAACCUUUAAAUGCUCCCACAAAGUAGGAUUUUGAACCGAAUAUAAAAUUGGAAAAAGGUGUUGUCGUAUUUCUCAAAUAGUGGGGCAGGCCCCCGCAGUGGUGCGAGGACUACACUGGUGUGAGGACGACACUAUUCCGAAAAGUGAUAACUCAGCUAACGUCUACUCCAGUGUUUUGGUAAACAUCCAAAUUUUUUGCUAAAAUUUUGCCUUGGUUUGUGUUCACCCACUUGGUUGGUGUUCAAAAUGGGUACAGUUUGUUUACACUGCCAUCUUGGCUAACACGAGCAAGACAACAUAUUUUUGCUUUUUUGUCUGGCAAACCAUGUUUGAAUUAUUUGUUUACUUUAUUUACCUUUUAGGGUACACUUCAAUUGGUGUUUCAACCAUAGUGGAUGGUACCUUAACAUUUCAUUGUAUUUACCAAGAUCUUGUAUUAAGUUAACACCUCACCAUCUAUGUCCAAGGCUGGUCCUCCUACAGAGAGGCCAGUGUUGACGCCUCGGGAAGGAUUGCCCAUCUCUGAUUUUGCCUUAUUUUUACUUGGACCUGGAUAAGACAGGGAGGCCACCCGGUGUCUUUCGGUACCGUGCUCAGCAAUGAGGAGGGCACAACUACAAGAAAGUGGAGAAACUGAAUGUCACCAUUUGCUGAGGUUCCAUACAUGUGAGUUUCCCUUAGGUCAGGUCCUGUUCCGUGCAGCUCAAGAAGACAAACUUACGGAUGAUGGCUUUCUAUGGCUGCGUAGUCCUCAGCUGAUUGUCCUUUGUUAUCCUUAAGGGUAAUAUCGGCAUCAAACUGCAGGAGCAUUCGCACCAUGCUGAUAUGUCCACUGCCAGCGGCGAUCAUUAAUGGAGACCUUGAGGUUGAGUGAAACAAAUAUAUGCUAUGUAUUGCAAAUGUAUUAUUGGUGUAUCAUUGUGUUGUCGCCAACCUUUGGUCUUUAUCCAAGUUAUUAACAUCGGCUCCAUUCUUCAACAGAAACUCUGUCACAUCUAGGUGGUCUUCCUGGACUGAUACAGUCAGCGGUGAAAGACCCUCCUAAAAAUGAGAUUAGAGGGAAAAAUCCACACUCAAAAGGAUAAAAAAGAGACACAGCUUUCAGAAUCUAUACGAUAUAUCACCUUGUUGUGAACAUUGAUGUCAGCAUCAUGCUUCACCAAGAUGUCAACAGUGGAGAUGGAUGGCAUGCUGGAUGCCAAGUGUAAAGCCGUGUUGCCAUUCACAUCCAUCAGGUUGGGAUCUGCAUUGUUUUCCAGCAGGAUGUUCACAAUUACAUCAUGCUGGCCUUGCACUGCCUGAUAAAAUGGAGCAGAAUUAUCACGAAUCAGCAGGAAAACCGCCAACGAUGAUGAUCUAAUUGUAUCAUGUGGAGGGUUACCUUUAUUAAGGCCGUCCUAUUUUCAUUGUCACAUAAAUUGAGCUUGGCUUUUUUCUCCACUAAGAACUUCACCACCUCAGAAUUUCCACUGGCGCAAGCAAUGUGUAAUGCUGUCCUGUAAGAGAAAAAUUUGCAGAACACUUUUGUCAUAUAGAGGAUUAGAUUUUUGAAAAACAGGUCUGUGGUUAGCGCACAGGCGACACAGCUCGGAGAACAGCAUGUUCUCCCCUUGUGUAUGUGGGUUUUCUCCGGAUACUCCCAUUUCCUCCCACCAAAAAACAUGCAUACUAGGUUAAUUGGUGACUCCAAAUUGUCCAUAGGUAUGAAUGUGAGUGUGAAUGGUUGUUUGUCUAUAUGUGCCCUGUGAUUGGCUGGCCACCAGUCCAGGGUGUACCCCGCCUCUCCCCCAAAGACAGCUGGGAUAUGCCCCAGCAUGCCCUCGACCCUCUUAAGGAUAAGCGGUAGAAAACGAAUUAAUGAAUGUUUGUAGUCCGUCUGUAAAUGAACAGCAGAGCAGCGCACCUGUUCAUAUAAAGGAUCUUUGACAAGUGUACACAUUGUGUAGGGAACCUUUGACCAGCAUAAAUAUUACACUACUAUUACAUUCAAUAAUCAUGUUAUGGUACAGCAGUCUUUUGACUGUCAUGCAGAAUAUUAAUAAUAGUGGAGCCCAGAACAAUUAAGAUGAAUAUAAUAUCAACAAGUGGCGCUCCAACCCCUUACUGACCUGUUCUGCUUGUCAACCUGAUUGAUGUCAUUGCUUUUUACAAGAUGCUCCAGCUUGGACACAUCUCCCUUCCAGGCAGCCUUGUGAAACUUUCCCAGGUCCUUUUCUUUCACUUCGUAGCCGACAGAGACUACGUUUCCUCUGUUGGGUGUACCAGAUGGUGAUUGUUUCCUCUUGGAAAAGCUGAAUAAUUUCUUCAUGGUGCCCACGGACGAGGCGACUCUUCAGUGCCGCUACUGUACUGCUACUUAAGCGCUCUCAUAUCCCAGACAAAUAAGACGUCUAAAGCGGAUUACCCUUGGAAAAUAUCCCCGGAGUAUGACAUAGUUUGAUGUGGCGACGCGAAACAAAGUCCCGCCGAUGUAUUAUCAGACACUUUAGCGUCCUUGGAAGGUAUUAAUUAUUUGUGUUUGAAUGGAAUGUUCCAAAUGAGCCAAGGGGACCGCCACAAGCGGCGCCUUAGCGAUAGUGAGCUAUUGCGCAUGUGUGAGUAAUAGGGUUCUUCUUCUCCUGGUUGUCCAGCUAUUUGGGGGUAUAGCGCCAUCCUGUGUUCAAGAAUGGGACCCCCUAUUAUUACACGUUCUGUUUCAAAGUUGUAAAACCACCGGCAACAAAACAAAUGUUACAUUAAACUGAGAAAAAAAUUAACAAAAACAUUAAAAUAUAUAAUUUAAUUAAGUAAGCAUCUACGGCAUGAUAAAGUACAACACUUUUAGACUAUAGUACAAUUCUGUCAAUGAGGAAAUAAGAGCUUUCACAGCAGGAAAAUGGACAGGAGCAAAUAAUUAUAUACACACUGUAUUUGUACACCAGGUCACCUGAAAACGACAAGCCUGAUGCUCUAGUGAAGAGGCUGUAAAGUAAGCAUGCAUAAGGAUGUAUGUAUGUAUGUACAUUUACUACACAGCCACUACUUUCCAAAAAUCCUACAGCUCUUUCAGUUUUGCUGUAGGCCUCUUGGCAACCUCCUUGUUUAUUUUGACUUCACCUCCCUGAAAGAUUUAUUUUGGGGUCAGACCUUCUAGAACGGACAAAUGACACUACAAACUAAAAAAAUGUAUUUAUUGUGGACUUCUGAAUUCUAAUCCAUUUUAUAUACCUUUUUUUUAUUUUCUCCUUUUCCAUUCAGAGGGUCUCAGCUCGAGAUUCAGAACCCAUUGUCUGCUCAAGAAGAUAUACUUACAAGCACACUCAUAUAUAAUUUGGCGGAGUGGGUCAUUAACUAGGAAACAGAAGCUAACUCAUUCAGGAAACCACUUCCAGCUGGGUGUGUCUGAGCCCGGUGUUCCCCGCCUUAAAAGGCUGUAGUUUUACAGGGCUCGCGUGGAACGGUGUGGGAUCAAAUGACCACCCAUCCUGCUUGCCAAAAGCUUUGUGGUGUUGCCUGCAGGCCGCCUCCUCACAUCAAAAGUAUCGCAAUGGAGAGGCUGGUGGCCCGGAGGACCUUCCCCCUCCACAAACGCACCAGCGUCUGCCGGAACCUCUUUGGACCGGUGGACCACGACGAGCUGAGCCGGGAAAUGAGCGUCAAGCUACGGGAGAUUUCCGAGCGCGACCGGCAGCGGUGGAACUUUAAUUUCGAGACGAACACCCCCCUGGAUGGGGACUACAAGUGGGAGGAGGUGCCCUUGGAAAAGGCCCCCGUGUUCUACCAGGGAGCGGCCCAGCGGGCCGCGGCGCCGCCGACGCCCGCCAAGCAGCACCCGGAGGGAGGCGUGCUGGAGCGCCUGGCUGCCCCCGAGGGGAGCGACGGAACCCCAGUGGAGGUCAACCAGGAAAACUGCACUGAUAAGCUCAACGCUCGGAGGCUAGCCCACAGAAGGGCCCUCUGUGGGGGACGGAAGAGGCCGAUCCCUGCCGACAACAACACACACAUCACAGAUUUCUUCGUGAAGCGAAAGAAGGCUGCGGAGAGAAAGUGCGUGGACCUAAGCCAUCAGUCCAAGUCUCCCGUUCCUAUGGAACAAACCCCCAGGAAGAGGAUCCGCUGAUGGUUGGAUUUUUUUGCACUACUUGCGUGGGCAUGUUUGAGGAUGACGAUGAGGAGGGAGAAGAAGAAGAAAGAAAGCAAGGGGCGUCCUGGUGGUGGACUGUAGUCUCAGCCUCCCCAGCCUAGAGUGGACUGUAAGAGGCCAAGAUUGGCUGGCUGCUCCGGUCUGAAGCGGAAGGAGGAGCAGCACGGACCCAAACUCCGGACCACUACCACCGGACUCUCAGGACUGAACAUUGUUUUUGGGGUGGGGGGAAAGGUGCGUGUGUGUGUGUGAGGGAGGGAGGGGGGGCAGCCUUUUCUAUCCAGUACAAAUGUAGCAUUGGUUGUUUGCUGCCACUCGACAGUGUUAAAUGUUUUAACAUCUGUGCAAUCCUUGAAAAACAGACUUUAAAAAAAUGUGUCUACACUGGUCAAAAGUGUACAGCUUUAUUGAGACACCAGCCCUAUAUUGUGUUUCUUCCGUAAAUGUAUAUUUAACUUAUAAUUUAUUUAUGUUGCUUUUUCUAUUUGUUAAGUGAAUUGUUGAUUUGUAUUUUAUUGACAUAUUAUUUGUGUUAUUACUGGUGUAUUUGCAAUCACAUAGUUUGUCCUCCCCCCCUUGUGAGUGUAGCCUACACCGUAGUUGUUUGUGUCUCUGAGCCAUUUUUUGUUUUGAAAUGUUUGUGUCCCGUUCAAGUGCCCUCAUGAGCAAAAGAUGAGAAUAAAACUGUUUUUUUCCCCCACUUCA